AAGUCCAGUUCGACGAUAUUUUGACCGACUGAAGGUUUCAGGAAAUUCCUGGACUCGGGUCACCUAGUCAGAUCAUUCUUUUUAUAGUCUUUGACUUCCAGGGUAGCUUUUUGGCUCUAAGAACAAAGGUUCGCAGACUUUGGACGUUCGUGAAAUCUUGGCCGGUUGACAUCGGCAUCGAUGCUACUUCCUGCCUUCCUUCCCUUCCUUCUUGCUAUGCUUGCUACGCUUGCUUCGGCGAGCCGCAUCAGCACGGUGCAGUUUGAGAACGAGACCUUAGCAGGCUAUGGCAAGCCAUGCGAUUGCUACGACAAGAUUGGUGACCAGUGGAAAGAGAACAAGUGCUGUGGCACGGGUUUGAUUUGCAGCCCCACGAGCAAGACCUGCAAAGUGGCCAUUGGAACUCCCUGCGAAAGGACCAAUGGACGAUCCGUCUGUGCUGGAAUGGGCACUUAUGGACGUGAGACCCACUGCAGCUCCAAACAACGCGACCGAAAUAAGCUCACAGAUCCUGACAUGGAUGAAGGAUACUUGAAUGGGCAAACAUUCUGUUGCAUCAAAGCCCGAUCCAUCUUUCAAAGCCAAAAGUACUCCACAGACCGCGCGCCGUUGCAUCACGGCAACCGUGAUUGUGGAGGCUACGGGGAAUGCUGCGGUGGCCACGCCGUGGUGGAUGGCGACAACUCAUACGGUGGAGCCUAUUGCCGAUGCGACUGAUGGAUCUGGCAAACAGCGCUGACUGAGGAUUGCGACUGAUGUUUGGGAGAAAAAAGGGGACUUGACACAUGUUUUUGAAGCAUGUUCACCACUCAUGAAACCACAAACAAACACACCAUGUGAAUUGGUGAGUCCAAACCGACGGCUUUUGCUUCGUCCUGAUGCUGUUACAGCCGC